AUGGGACCUCCUCUUCCAGUAUAUAAAGCUGGAAGAGAAGAGCAGGUUGUUAUACAGGGUCGCCAAGCAGAGGAACUAACAGCACUGUUUGGAGGGAAAAUAUAUAAGCUUAUAACCAUGAAAGGCAUCCACUGCUUGGCCAACAUCCUUCUGGUCCUGGGUUUUGUGCAGGUCAGCUGGCAGGUUCCUCUACUCGGCAUUGAGGACAGCUCUAGUUUUGAGGUAGACAACAAAUUAGCCAGUGAACCCUGGGAGCUGUCUAACAUGAAGAGACACUCAGAGGGAACUUUCUCGAAUGACUACAGCAAAUACCUGGAGGACAGGAAGGCCCAGGACUUUGUCCGGUGGCUGAUGAGUAACAAAAGGAGCGGUGCUGAUAAGCGCCAUGCAGAUGGAACCUUCACGAGUGAUGUGAGCUCCUACCUCAAGGAGCAAGCAAUCAAAGACUUUGUUGCCAAUCUUAAGUCUGGACAAAUCCAAAGAGAAUCGCAAAUGGACAGGCUGGCUAAAACGUUCAGCAGGAGGCAUGUAGAUGGAAGCUUCACCAGUGAUGUGAACAAGGUGCUGGACUCCAUUGCUGCCAAGGAAUACUUACUCUGGGUCAUGACCUCUAAACCUUCAGGGGAAAGUAACAAACGGCAAGAUGACUAAUGAGAGUCUUCUUAAAGGUCCCCCAAAAUGAUAUUCAGGAGGAACAGGAAGCCAUAAUGAUUUGAAUGUAAUGUCAAUAUUUUUUACUUCACCUUGAAUGUUUUGCAAAGAUACAAAGAAAUGCUAUUCUUCCACAGAUAGAAGGUGCACGAGGAAAUAAAUGAAAUUCAGGGCAUGAAAUUUUCUACAAAUAAGAAUUAUUUUCUAUAUUUCUAAGCUGCAAACAAGAACACCAAAGUUUCUGUCUCAGGUAGUCCUGCGGAAAGCAUAUGAUAGUCAUAGAAAAUUAAUAUUUCACUCUGCCAAAUAAACCCUGUCAUUUA